CAGGAUGAUGACUACUUUGCCACAUUGAGGGAACUGGAAACAGUGCUGAGGACACGAAGCCUGUGUCUGGAUAUGAUACCUGAGGGGAAGAUCCAGCAUAACAGCUACUAUCAAGAGUGCCUCUUUUAUUUACACAAUUAUGGCACCAAUCUAGCAAUCAUUAGUUUUUAUAUGAGGCAUGGCUGCAUGCGGGAAGCACUACUGCACUUGUUAAACAAGGAGAGCCCACAGGAAGUGUUCAUUGAAGGGAUCUUUGUCCCAAGCUAUAAAAGUGGAAAGCUUCACAUGCUGGAGAACUUGCUGGAGACCAUUGAUCCAGGCCUAGACAGCUGGGGCAUUUACCUGAUUGCAGCUUGCAAGCACUUGCAGAAGAAGAAUUAUUUCCAUAUUCUAUAUGAAUUGCAGCAGUUUAUGAAG